AAGCUAACGUUAGCUUUCCAUGUUACUGUAAUGCUAUGAGUUGAGCUAGACAGAAGGGCUGGGGAUGCAGCCGCUGCUGCCUCCUGAAGCUGUCAGAGAGCUGGUGAGCUCCUGUCUGCACAGAGACCCUGUAGCUGCAGACCUCCGCUGCAGCCUGUUUGUUGCCGCUGCACAGAACUACAAGAGGGACUCUUUGCUCAGACCUUUCCCUCCUCGAUACACAAGUGGUGACAACAAGGACUUUGAAGAGCUGUUGGCAGACGUGAACACCUUGCCUGGUGUGAGAGAUCUGGUGAGACUCCGGUGUGGAGAAGGAGAUCAUCACUUGGCUCUUAUACACUGGAUCCUGUCUUCAAAGAGCUUUGCUGUCAAAACACUACAAAGGGAGGAGUACGCCAAACUUUGUGACCUGACAGAAUAUGAAGGCACUGCUGCACCUGUGCCAGACUUCCUGUUUGAGCUGGAGUACUCUGAUCACAUAAACUCCAGGUUUGAAAAGACUCGAGAAGAAAGGGGAGUCUUUUACGCAUUCCACGGGAGCCGCCUAGAGAACUUCCACUCGAUCGUUCACAACGGGCUGCACUGUCACCUCAACAAGAACUCUGUAUUUGGGGAAGGGACCUACCUCACCAGUGACCUGAGCAUGGCUCUCCUGUACAGCCCGCACAGCAGCAGCUGGAGAGAGAGCAUCCUGGGUCCGCUGCUCAGCUGCGUCGCCUUGUGUGAAAUCAUCGAUCAUCCAGAUGUGAAGUGCCAGGUGAAGAAGAAAGAUUCUGACAUCAUAGACCGGCAGCGCUCACGAGCAAAGAACAGUGAAGGAGGCGAGGUACCGCAGAAAUACUUCAUAGUCACCAACAAUCAGCUUUUACGAGUCAAAUACCUGCUCGUGUACUCUCAGGGGAAACACCUGUCCAGGCGUUCCCACAGCAGGUCAUGGCUCCUCAGACACCACUUCGCCGUCAUGAUGGGUCUCUACCUUCUGCUCCUCGUCUUCAUCGGUGCCUUUAACUCCACCCCCUUCAUGUCCUUCUGGAACAGGCUGUUCAGGUGACCAGACGACCGGAGCAACGACCACGACGUUCAUCGUCGCAGUGCCUUUCUGACGCCGACUGCAGGCCUGAGCAACCUUCAUGC